GCAAAGUUUAAUUUGUGAUUGUUCUAUUUGUAUUUAAAUUUGUGCAAUUUAAGCAGCACACGGAGAAAAAGCGCGCCGAUUAGUCGUCUCAUCUUUGUCCACAGAAGUCUUAGGCCCGUGCGCGUACAGUCAGCAUGGCUAAGGUGCACAUCACAAAUGUUGUGGUGCUCGACAACCCGAGCAGCUUUUUCAACCCGUUUCAGUUCGAACUGACAUUCGAAUGCAUUGAAGAACUAAAAGAGGAUCUCGAAUGGAAAAUGAUUUACGUCGGCUCCGCAGAAUCUGAGGAGUAUGAUCAAGUGCUGGACACUAUAUACGUUGGCCCGGUGCCCGAGGGUCGUCACAUAUUCGUCUUCCAGGCCGAUCCGCCAGACGUUAGCAAAAUUCCCGAACCAGAUGCAGUUGGUGUCACAAUUGUUUUAUUGACCUGCUCAUAUCGUGGGCAGGAAUUCGUGCGUGUCGGAUAUUAUGUGAACAACGACUAUGCCGAUCAAGAGAUGCGCGAAAACCCACCACCGAAACCGCUCUUCGAUAAGCUCACACGCAACAUCUUGGCCAGCAAGCCGCGAGUCACACGCUUCAAAAUUAAUUGGGAUGACGGUCACAGCAGCAGCAAUGGCAACGGGCAUGAGAAUGGACACGAGGCACACAUGAUGCACGACGACGGGCCGUCCACAUCGGCGGCGCAACAUGAAGCGGCCAUGGAUGACAACAGUCUGGCCAUGCCGGUAGAAAAUGGUGUUAAAGCGCUCAAUGAGAACUCAAAUUCGCUUGCCAUGGAAUGUUGAGGUAGCAGCCAACACACAUACAUACAUAGGCGUACACAACACACACACAAA